GAGGCUGGUUUUACUCACUGUCACUUCCCCGUUGGCACAGUGUGGACGGCAGCAGCAAUCACAGAGUCAGACUCUGACUGAACUCUCAACAGCUUUUCAUUCAGGAGCAAAAGCGGUCCAGGAUGCUUUACACUGAGUUACUACAGUUGUGGAAUGAGGCGGUGAAGGCUUUGGAUGCCAGGGACUGGGAAGGAGCUCUGGCCAAACUGGAGCAGAUCAGUGAACCCACGUCUCGCACUCUGUUCAACACUGCCUCGGCUCACCUGGCUCUGGGACAGCUGGACCAGGCCCUGAAGGCUUUGGACUUUACCAUUGCCAAGGAUGAACGUCUCGCUGUUGGCUUCUUCCAGAGAGCAGCAGUGAUGAUGCAGAUUGACAGGCUGGAAGAGGCGCUGUCAGACUGUAUCUGGGCACAGAAGCACAUGAGAGGAAACAUGGUCAUUGACUACAGACAGCUGGGAUUGCAAUUCAAACUCUACAGCUGGCAGGUGUUAUAUAAUGCAGCAGCUGUGUACUGUCGGAUGGGCCAGUGGGAGCAGGCCAGGGAGGUCCUGGUGUCAGCUUCCCAGGAGAAAGGAGGAGGGGGUCGAGGGGCAAGCAUAGAGAUGGCUAUGGAAAGCGUCCUGAGGCAGGAGGUCCUGGAUCCCCUCCUGGUGCCGGAGGGUGUGGUGUUUCGGCCUAGGAAACAGGAUGUGGAGCAGCUGCAGCAAAGAGACUUCCUGGGCAAAGCAAAGGUGAUUUCCUCCAUGAUUCCCAAUGAUGAUUUUGGAGGCUUUGAACCUCUGAGGCUGCAGAAACCUGGUUUCUAUGAGCCCAAGAUGGAUGGAGCUCAGGAUUCUCGAUACAUGCGCGUUCGGAGCCCUUACAUGGCUCGGGGUCCAGGACAGCUGACUGUACCAGGAGGGGCCAUGGUGUUUUUAUUCGGCGAGGAAGACAGGGAUGGGAUGGCAACUGUCAUAUAUGAUGGACAGAGAGGACUUCUGCCAGUGUCCCUGCUCGAACAAGCAGAUGUCAAGACGUCCAAAGGCAAAAAGGAGAAUAGAGUUCCCAGUGGGAUUCCUCUACCACCUGGCCUCAAGCCACCCACUCGCCCAAAGGCCCAAACCAGCUCUGGAGCUCCCCCUCGGGUACAUUUUACCUCAGACACUCCACCUCCAUCCUACACCACUGCCACCCACGCACCGCUACCAACCUCUGAGCCUCCCGAGUACACAGCCAACGCAGCCAGCGACCAGGGUGCUGGUGCUGCCCAGGGAGGAGAGGUGGGCUCUGUGGUGGUCAAGGUCCACUACAAGUACAAUGUGGCUCUGUCUGUCCCUCUGGACACACCAUACGAUGAAUUGAAGGAACAAAUCGCACAGAAAUUGGGCCAGCCAGCAUCUCAGCUGCGCCUCAGACACAAGCAGCAUGGCUCUCAGGUGCUGAUACCUCUGGGUGGGGAGGUGGGGUCAGGCCGCACAGUGCAAGAGGUGGCUGAGGCCGGCAGAGCCACCCUGUGGUGCCAGACAGAAGACCCCCUGGCCAACCGUACCAUCCACUACCAGAUGGUGGCGCUGUAUGACUACACUGCUCAGGGCCCAGAGGACCUGGAGUUCAGCGAAGGAGACACCAUCGACAUCCUGGGUGAAGUUAAUGAGGAGUGGCUGGAGGGACACUGUGCAGGGAGCAUCGGCAUCUUCCCCAGCUGCUUUGCCUACAUGGAGAACAACAACAUCAACCAGAGCCUGUUAUAGUUAUAAAAAGCAGGCAUGUUACUGUGCAGGCAUCUCUAAUCAACCUAUCAGUCUGUGAAUGGUUGUUGUUUACAGCCUAAGAACAACCAAACAACACCCUUAUAGGGGCAUGCAGUAUUGACUAUCAUGCUUUGAAAAUAUUUCUUUCUCAUAUGAUAUCACUAUAAUGCUGCUGUAGUGGCUCAGAGUAUGUUUAUAUUAAACCUGCUGUACCUUUCCUAUUUUCUAUAUCCAAUGGUAUCGCUGUAAUACUGUUACUAUAAUACUGUAAUGAAGGUAUAUACUGACCUUAUUGAACUCCGAUGUGGUCAACAUUAUGUUUGUAUUUCCCCAAGGUUAUAAUGACCCCGGUCUGGCAACUUUGAAGUGUGGUGAGAUUGCUAUAUGUACCGUAGCGACUAAUAUUGUAAAGUAUCAUAGUACAUUUUCUUAAUAAUGAAGAUACUGAAGCUGUUCAUUAAAUCUCAUUGUUUCCUUAAUGAUUAAAUAAAAAAACAUGAAUUUA